CACGUCCUGGUUGUGCCUCCAUCUAAAGAUGGCGGCUUCGGUGGUCAGGACUGCUGCGGCUCUGAGGACGAGCGCUAGUCGGCCCAUUGCUUUUGUAAGAAAAAUUCCUUGGACCGCAGCCUCGAGUGAGCUGAGAGAACACUUUGCACAGUUCGGCCAUGUACGAAAGUGCACUGUACCUUUUGACAAAGAGACUGGCUUUCACAGAGGAAUGGGUUGGAUUCAGUUUUCUUCAGAAGAACAACUUCAGAAUGUACUACAACAGGACAGUCAUGUUAUUGAUGGAGUAAAACUCCAUGUUCAAGCUCAGAGACCAAAAGUUUUGCAAGGGGAUCAAACAUCUGAUGAAGAUUUUUGAGGCUGUUAUUGCCUAUUAAAUAAAGUAACACAACUGAAAA